AAGACGCGUAAAGCAGAGAUUAAGAUUGUCAGAAGGUACUGGAAUAAAAAUACUAAUUGAAAAUACAAAAACAUUAUAUCGGCGGCAAACAAUUCGAUUGAAAGCAAGCGACGCCUUCUAUGCCAGUGUGUAUAAAGGCAACUUGACAGACAAACGAAAGGCCCAGAACGCAUUCAAAUUCAUUAAACUCGGCCCUUACUAGCCUAUUGUAUUGUCUUCUAUUUAACCAUUGCUAAAUUUACCGAAGUGCUUCAUUCUUAUUUGUGCAUUCGUAGAGAGCACAUAAAUUGAAUUUCGAUUAACAACUGAAAGUGAAAAUCUGUUCUGUGAUUUUGUGUAAAGACAUCAACUUACAAUCCGAAGAACAACAACAAAGAUGGUGAAAUUUAUUGCGAGUAUUUUGUUGCUGGCUGUUGUGGCGCAGCAAGCCUAUGGCGACUUUAAAUGCUCCUUGGAGGUUCCCGAAAUACCUAAAGCCUGGUUGGACAUGAAGGAUGCCUGCAUUUCUGGCAUGCGUCAUCAGAUCCAGGAGGAGAUUAAUGCCUCCUAUCAGUAUCUGGCAAUGGGCGCUUACUUCGCACGCGACACAGUCAAUCGUCCUGGUUUUGCCGAACAAUUUUUUAAGGCCGCCAAGGAGGAACGCGAGCAUGGCUCCAAACUGGUUGAAUAUCUGUCCAUGCGCGGUCAGUUGACCGAUAAUGUCAGCAAUUUAAUCAAUGUGCCGACCGUGGCCAAGCAAGAGUGGAGGGAUGGUGCCAGUGCUUUGGAGGAUGCUUUGGAGCUGGAGAUCAAGGUUACCAAGUCAAUUCGCAAGCUGAUUGCCACCUGCGAGUCCAAGCCAUACAACCAUUACCAUCUGGUCGACUACCUUACCGGUGUCUAUCUGGAAGAGCAGCUCCAUGGCCAACGCGAUCUGGCCGGCAAGCUUACCACGCUCAAGAAGAUGAUGAGCACUCACGGCGAAUUGGGCGAAUUCCUGUUCGACAAGAACUUGUAAGGUGCCAUGCCCGGGGCCCCAACUCAUUCUUUAGUUAAUGAUGCAACAUUUAUACUGUGCCCAACAAAAAACAUUGUAUAAGUUCAAAAUUGUUUGUUAAUCUUCCCCUCCAUCCAUUCUACACAUGUCUAUCAUUCUGUUAUUAAAACUCUCCAUAGCGUAAUAUUUAAACAGAAGAUUCGUUAUUUCUAAAUAUCUAUCUAAAUAUUUGCCCAAAUAAAUUAAAGUAAAUGCCGUUCUAAAUCGGUUUCUUCAACAAGCACAGUUUAAAA